GGGCGUUUUUAGCAAGGCUGAAAUAUUAAAGCGAUCAUAACUGGUGCAGCUCGUGUCACUCGCUGCAAGCGACGGUUUUAGUAGAGUGGCCGCUGUUACUGGUGCUGGCGCCGGCCUACUCUGCGUCUGAGAGUCCUUCUGAGGAGCCUUGGCCACGCCAGUGACGUCACUACCACGGCCAUGCAAUCCUGGGCGGCACUGUGGGCGUGGGCGACAGGGCUGUGGGCAUGGGUGCCUAACGCACUGCUGCUGGCCGCUGCCGCCGCUUAUGGUUGGGAGGACGCCGCGCUGUGGAGACACAUCUCGGUGGAGUCGUCGUGGCUCAAAGUAACCGUCACCCAGACGCCGCGGAACCUGAGUCUCAUCCCCUGCGGCGCGGCGUGCAUGAGGCAAGACUGGUGCCGUCUGUGGUGCCACGAGUUGCCCAGCGAGUGCCUGUUCACCUCCCUCAUCGCCUCGGCCUCCUACACGCCCGCAAAGCCGGGCGGUGCCCUCUCCUGCUACACCAGCCGCAUUCCGGACCUCGCCGUGGGCGCCGCCAUCACUUCCUCGCCGAACGUUGAUUCAGGAUUAAAGCCAAAGGAGAACUUAGUGGACGGCAUCUACCCCAGCAAAAUAUCGGAUUGUGCAGCUGUUGCUGAGGUUACUGGAGGGUUUACCGCCUGGUACCUGGUGGACUUGGGGGCCGCUGUUCCUGUAUCUGAGGUGGUGAUGGUGACUCAGCCGAACAACAACACCGAUAAACACUUCGUAGACGUCGAGGUGAGGGUCGGUGACGUGCAGAUGUCAGGAGACUUUACAACGUACCCACUGCUGGGAUUUUUCUUGAAAGGUGCCACGGCGGGGCAGUUCAUCGUGAUGCGCCCCGCCGCGCCCAUGACAGGCCGCUAUGUCUCCAUACAGCGGACCACGAUCGGCAACCUUCAGGUCUGCCACCUCGAGAUACGUUGAGUCUUGGCCGCGAGAAUACACGUUCACUUUUCAUGGCGUGAGGCACAGCUUGUUCAAACAAGACAGCACCGCGAGUAUCUAUUGCGUUGAAUCCACAAUUCCAGAAACACUGUAGGCUUAAAUGUUUACUUAGCACCCCCA